AUGAUACCUCCUGUGAUCAUCGGAGUUCUAGUUGCUGCUAACAUCAUUGCGUUAGGGAUCAAGAUAAACCGAGACAUAAAAAAAUUUAAACAAAUGUCAGAAAAAACAAAAAAGAAAAGUGAUAGUGGUAAUAAGCAACAAGGAAUUUUAAUAAAAAUUAAAGACGAUGAAAUUACUUUUGCCUAUGGUCAUAAUCAGCAAUACCAAAAAUCUGAAUCUGAAAAUAAAGAAAAAAAGAAAAAACUGAUUAAACCAAAAAAAGAAGAAAUAGAUGAAAAAAUGUGA